AUGGCCUUGAGAAACGUGCCCUUCCGCUCCGAGGUCCUGGGCUGGGACCCUGACAGCCUCGCAGACUAUUUCAGGAAGCUGAACUACAAGGACUGUGAGAAGGCCGUGAAGAAGCAUCACAUCGAUGGGCCACGGUUUUUGAACCUGACAGAAAAUGAUAUUCAGAAGUUCCCUAAGCUCUCGGUACCGAUUCUCAGUAAGUUAAGUCAAGACAUCAACAAGAAUGAGGAGAGGAGGAGCAUCUUCGCAGCACGCAAACCCCAAGUCCAGCGGUUUCCUGAGGAAAUAGAAAGCCAUGAGGAGGAGGAGAACGGGGGCUGGUCGUCCUUUGAUGAUGAGGACGAAGGUGACUACGAGAGUCCCAAUGACCAUGACACAGAGGAUGAUGGUGACUAUGAGUCCCCCAAUGAGGAGGACCAGGCACCUGUGGAAGACGAUGCCGACUAUGAGCCGCCUCCCUCCAAUGAUGAGGAAGCCCUGCAGAACUCCAUCCUGCCUGCCAAGCCCUUCUCCAACUCCAACUCCAUGUACAUCGACCGGCCCCUCUCCGGGAAGUCCCCACAGCAGCCGCCCGUGCCGCCGCAGAGACCGAUGGCUGCCCUCCCUCCCCCACCAGCAGGCCGGAGCCACCCGCCACUCCCCACACCCCAGCCCAACCACGAAGAGCCUAGCAGAAGUAGAACCCCCAAACCAGCAAAGAUCCCGCCUCCUUCCAUAGACAGAAGCACCAAGCCUACCCUCGAUCGCUCGUUAGCUCCGUUUGACAGAGAGCCCCUCACAUUAGGAAAGAAACCAGUGCUUUCUGACAAGCCCCCGACCCCAGCAGGAAGGCCUCUCGGGGACCAUUUACCCAAGAUUCCAAAGCCUCCUUUACCACCGACCACGGAGAGACACGACAGGAGUAGCCCCCUGCCUGGGAAGAAGCCACCGGUGCCCAAGCAUUCCCGGGUACCAGACCGGAGAGAGAAUGAUGAAGAUGAUGUGCAUCAGAGACCUCUGCCCCAGCCAACUCUGCUCCCCAUGAGCUCCAACACGUUCCCUUCAAGAUCCAACAAGCCAUCGCCCAAGCCCUCCCUCCCAUCGGGACACGCGUUCGGAGCAUUCUCAGAGAGCAGCAGCUUCCCGCAGAGCCAGAGCGCCUCCCUGCCGCCCUACUUCUCCCAAGGUCCUGGCAACAGACUGCCGCUCCGGUCGGAAGGCAGGAACUUUUCCUUGCCGGUUCCAACCAAACCCCGGCCACCGUCCCCGGGGGAAGAACAGAAUUCAUUAAGUGAAGAGUGGUACGUUUCUUAUAUUACCCGACCGGAGGCAGAAGCUGCUCUUAGAAGGAUAAACCAGGAUGGCACUUUUCUGGUGAGAGACAGCUCCAAGAAAACAGCAAGCAACCCGUACGUCCUCAUGGUGUUAUACAAGGACAAGGUCUACAACGUCCAGAUCCGCUACGUGGAGGAAAGCCAAGUUUACAUGCUGGGCACUGGGCUCCGAGGGAAGGAGGACUUUCUGUCUGUGUCAGAUAUUAUCGACUACUUCCGGAAAAUGCCGCUCCUGCUCAUUGAUGGGAAAAACCGAGGUUCCAGAUACCAGUGCACAUUAACCCAUUCGGCGGGCAGCCUGUAG